UAUUUUCAGGAAACAUGGUAGAAGCCACAGCAAAGUUGACUUUUCCCAUAUGCCAAAGCAAACUGGAUAGGCGCUAAGAGAUUAUAUUCACUAACUGAAGUAAAGCCUAGACAGAGCUAAAAUACCCAAUAAUUCCAAACUUUGAGUGCACAUUAGUAUCUUACUAUACAUAGUUAUCUCUGUUCGCUUUAGUAAAGUGAAAGGCCCAUGCUUGCAAAAACACUUGUCCACAAGCUAUUGAAAUGAAGAAGUCAAUCAGACAUGGAGGCUCAGCCCCAAAAGAGACCUCUGGAUUGCCUCCUGUUUCAAGAUGCUAUCUUCUAGGUUUGUAAAUCUUUGUCCUGACAAAUGUUCCCACAUUUUGCUUUCAGAUGGAUUAGAUUCCGAUCGCAUAGGGGAGUGUGAUGACAACCAGGAUAUUGAUGAAGAUGGCCACCAGAAUAAUCUCGAUAACUGUCCUUAUGUGCCCAAUGACCAAGCUGACCAUGACAAAGAUGGGAAAGGGGAUGCCUGUGACCACGAUGAUGACAAUGAUGGCAUUCCCGAUGACAGAGAUAAUUGUAGAUUGGUUCCCAACCCCAACCAAGUUGAUUCAGAUGGUGAUGGGCGGGGAGAUGCAUGCAAAGGAUUUGACAAUGACAAGGUUAAUGACAUUGAUGACGUCUGCCCUGAGAAUGUUCACAUAAGUGAGACAGACUUCCGUCGAUUCCAGAUGAUUCCCUUGGAUCCAAAGGGAACAUCUCAAAUUGAUCCCAACUGGAUUGUUCGUCACAAAGGCAAGAACUGGUUCAGACGGGUCAACUGUGAUCCUGGACUUGCUAUUGGUUUUGAUGAAUUCAAUGCUGUUGACUUCAGUGGUACUUUCUUCAUUACACGGAAAGAGAUGAUGACUAUGCUGGCUUUGUAUUUGGGUAUCAAUCCAGCAGCCGUUUUAUGUGGUCAUGUGGAAGCAGGUUACCCAAACAUAUUGGGAAUCACAGCCAACCAAAGCUCAAGGAUAUUCAGGUCUUUCUAUCAAAGUAGUGAACUCUACCACAGGUCCUGGAAUGCACCUUCGUAAUGCCUUGUGGCAUACUGGAAAUACUAUUGGACAGGUAAAGACCCUGUGGCAUGACCCUCGUCAGAUAGGUUGGAAAGAUUUCACUGCUUAUAGAUGGCGUCUCAGUCACAGGCCCAAAACUGGCUUCAUUAGAGUGGUAAUGUAUGAAGGAAAGAAGAUCAUGGCUGAACUCUGGCCCUCUCUAUGACAAAACUUAUGCUGGUGGUCGCUUAGGACUGUUUGUCUUCUCUCAGGAAAUUGAUAUUCUUCUCUGAUCUAAAAUAUGAGUGCAAAGAUCAAUGAUUGGAAGGCAAUUAAUUAGAGAAAUUCGAAAUGCUGGUAUUGCACCUUCUGAACAGUUAAAUUUCUAGGAACCUUGGGGGAACCAUUUGUUGUGUUGUGUUUUGGCUUUUUGCUCAUUCCUCUCUUCCUGCCUUCGUGAGACUCAGACUACCUGACCUGUUUUCGAGGGAAUGCUGUUGAGAGAGAGAGAGAAAUUUGCAAAUCUUCCCAUCUCAUCUCUGUUAGCAGAGAAGAAACAUGUCUUUCAGGAACAAGAACAUUCCUCUGCUUCAGAAAUGAAUAGACAUUUCUUUGAGAAAUAUGUUUGUAGUAGCUGGGCAUUGUCACUGCCUCUUUUUAACUGGAGGUCCAAUGGAUCAGCACUUUUGCAACAAGGGUAUUUUGUAUGGACUACUUAAAAAUUAAACCAGAGGUUUCAACCUAUAGAGGAAGGAAGGAAGAAAGUUUGAGUUAGGUUUGAGUUUCCUCCCUUUCUAAAAGACGGCUAUGCUUCCUAGGGUUUAUGUCAAGGUAAAUUGGAUGAAUUGUUACACACUGUCCUGGAUCAUUAUCCAGUGCACAUUUGCUCAGGCAUAAGCCCCACUUAAUUCAGCAGUAUGGAUCACUUUAUGCUCACACCUAAGAUUAUACCUUAGUUCUGUGUCCACAAAUAGGGCCUAUUUUGCUUAAUUGUGUAGGAAAAUACUUGCAAGUUAUACUUGCUAACUAGUCACAUGCAAUAUUAACAUUUUAAAAAAAAAUUACAAUGGGGCAAAUGAAAACAAUCAUGGCACUUUUGAUUCAAGUAGGGUUUUUUUGUGUGGUGGGGGGGAGGACAGCAAGGAACAUAUGGGUAAAGCAAGAUUUCCUGUGCUGCUGCAUCCAAGAUCUGGUUCUCAUGCAGAUCGGGCAACAAUAUUAAAAGUGUCAAAAAGCACUUUCAUCUCAAUUUAGCACUUGUGGUGGCCUUCAGCAAAUUUUCAUAAACAUUUUUAUGAAAAUUUCAAAAGCACAAUGAGUGGCGAGUACAGUUAAAUGCAAAAUUCUGUUCUACACAAUGCAAGGGUAAGGGUUUUUUUUUAAAAAAAUGUUCCAAAAAAAGGGGUUUUGUGGAAGACAUCUGUAGAUAAAAUAAAUGUAAAAUAUUUAUUUUUUACCUAUCCUGCCUGUUCCAAAUAACAAGGACUGUAGAUUGAAACGGAAACAAUGCGUCAAGACUAUCCAUUUUGCUACAUUUUCUAUGACAGAAAGAUUGUAAAUAAAGGUUAUUUAUUGUUCUAAAUGAAUUUUGAUAGUUACUUUUAAUACUAUUUUAGAUUGCAAAGAGUAAGUUCCCCUAAGCAAUGUGGAACAAUAGGGUAGGAAUUGUUCUCAGUAUGUUUUCUUCCUCUGUGCAAAACAGCUGACAAAGUAACCAAGCAGGCUACUUAUUGUUGUAUUGCCAAAGCAGAAAAAUGUAUACAUGUUGACUGUCCCUGUUGGUCAAGAAAAAAAAUGGAAUAGCUUCAAAUCACCGUAGGUCACAUUCCUUUGACCUAUGAUAUUUGCACAGGAGGUAUUCAUGUGUUAGCUUUGCCACCUUUGUAAUAUUGCUGGCUAAGAUUAUGGUACAUUCAUGUUGGUCAAUAUGCCAAAUAAAAAAGAAAAAAUAUUUUGGAGGAUACGGAGAACUUCAUUCCAACAGAAUACCCAAUUUUCUCACCAGUAUGGACUGCAGAAGACACAUUGCAAGGGGGAGGGGCAUGUUUGGAGCAUCAUUUGAAGACUGCUUGUAGUGUAAGACUAGCUUCACUUUCUCUCCAACCCUGUUACUAGAAAACAAGGAAUGUCAAAGGCGAAUUUUUUAAUAUACAAAUAUUACCUCAUUGUUGUUUGACUGAAAAAUGAAAAAAAACCUUUGAAUCAAGCAGAGUUUAAAUAUCUAACAAAAUUUAAAGCUACUGUAGUAUUAGAAGGAGGUUUUUUUUAAUAAAAAAAUAUAUAUUGCAAGUUGUAUAUAGUCAAAAUUCAUAUUCCCAGUAAGAAAACAGCAUUGGAACAGUGCUGAGAACUAUUUCUUAUAUUCUGUUAGAUUUUUUUCUCUUUGACAACUUGUAUUCCAUUCCUUGAAUUUGUAUAAAUUAUUUUUUUUCAUAACUGUUGGAAUAGUUAAUCUCCUGUUUGUGUAGAUGUUCUAUUUAAAUAAAUUAUCAGGAAAUGCUA